AUGCCAAACAAAGAAGAAGUAAAAGGAAUUGCAUCAUCAGUUGCUGGUUCAAUUGUCGGUAACAAGGUUGCUGAUAAGGCACAUCUCGGUGGAACCGGUCACAUCGCUGCUGGAAUUCUAGGAGGAAUUGGUGGUGAGAAUGGAGAGGCUUGCAAACAGUGCACUCGACCUUUUACUGUAUACCGAUGGAGAAAUGAUGCAGCGUCAUCACAACAAAUUAAAACUGUCAUAUGUUAUACUUGUUCUCGAGCCAAGAAUGCUUGCCAGGUCUGUCUUUUGGAUAAGGAUUACCGGAUACCGACAGAUCUACGAGACACUGCUUUGAAAAUGGCAGGCUUGGAGCUGGUUUCGCUACUAAAAUCACUGACAAAUAAAGAGGUGAAGGCAAUAAUGGCUGACAAAUUGGAAAAGUCACUAGACCUGAAUCAAAAUAGCCAGAGAGCAAAGGAGCUAUUAUCAAGGUUAGCGGAAAAGGUCAACAAUGGAGAAGUCACGUCUGCCUCCAUUGCAUCCGAAGUUAAACAAGACAUCCCAAUUUCCAAAUUGAUCAAGAACCUACCAUUUGGAAACCUGUUGGAAGCUGUCAAGUAUCCAAAACUCACUACGUUUUUCGUUUUUGGCUUCCCGUCGGAUCUUCCUCAGUAUUUGUUUUCUAAAUAUUGUUCAGAGUUCGGCAAAGUGCAGAGUCUUGUAUUAAACCACGACUCUCGAUGCGGCUUUGUUAUAUUCCAAGACCGGGUCUCUGCUGAGAGAUUCGCAGAAUCGGUGAAUUCAAAUGGAUUGAAUAAAAACAAGAAAACGGCAGGACUUUUAGAGCUAGAUAACUAUCCGAUGAGGGUGUGUUUUGGCAAGCAGAAACCAUUGGGAAGAACGAAUGAAGAUAAGAAGCAAUUAAAAGCGGUCGUGAGUAAAGUGAUGAGGCAAUUAGCAGAGAAGGACCUGAAAGCUUGA